GACAUCAAGCAACAAUGUCUGGUCGUGGUAAAGGCGGGAAAGGUCUUGGGAAGGGCGGUGCCAAGCGCCAUCGCAAGGUCCUUCGUGACAACAUCCAAGGUAUCACCAAGCCAGCGAUCCGCCGUCUGGCUCGUCGUGGCGGUGUCAAGCGUAUCUCCGGCUUGAUCUAUGAAGAAACCCGCGGUGUCCUCAAGGUGUUUUUGGAAAACGUGAUCCGUGACUCGGUCACCUACACUGAACAUGCUCGUCGAAAGACCGUGACGGCCAUGGAUGUCGUGUAUGCCUUGAAGCGCCAAGGUCGCACCUUGUACGGUUUCGGCGGCUAAAUGCCUUCUCCCUAUCUUUGAUUCCCUGAUGGGAUAUCAUGCUCUGGUGUUUUUCAACACCACCCAACCAUCGAGAACUUUACCGCUUGUACUCUCUCUUUUACAUCUUAUUUCAUAUCACCUUCAAUUGGCCUUCCCCCGGUAGAGGUCGAGAGGACUGCUUGUUGACCUCUGCAGAACCCGGGUGUGCUUGAUGAGCUAAGUAAUAGCGCUCGGCUCGACGGACGCUCUUCCUUCACACUUAAAUCUAUGUAUCGUUAAGAAUCGUGUG